AUGAAAUAGGUAAGAAAAGAGAAUGCAGGAUAAUAAUUCCAAGAAAAUGAGAAAAACACGCUCUUAGAAGCCAAUAUCCUUAAAGAAUUAGAUCAUCCUAACAUAUUUAAACUGCAUGAACUAUUUUAGGAUGAAAAAAAUUAUUAUCUAAUAACUGAAUAUCUAGAGGGAGAGGAAUUAUUUGACAAGAUUACAAACCUGAAACAUUUAACUGAGAAAAUGGCUGCAGAUUAUAUGAGACAAAUAUUAGGAGCAGUAGUACAUUGUCAUGAGAAAAAAAUUGUUCAUAGAGAUUUAAAACCAGAAAACAUCAUUUUUUCAAGCAAGAAACCCAAUUCGAAUUUGAAGAUUAUUGAUUUUGGAUCAUCCUGCAAAAUUGAAAACAAUUAAUUUUUAACUAAAAAAUGUGGAGUCCCAUAUUUUAUCGCUCCUGAGAUAUUGAAAAGAAAUUAUAAUGAAAAAUGUGAUGUGUGGAGUUGCGGAGUUAUUCUUUACAUAAUGUUAUGUGGUUAUCCACCAUUUGGAGGUGAAUAUAAAGAGAUAUUAUAAAAAGUUGAAAUUGGGAAGUACGAAUUUGAUUAUGAAGAUUGGGAUACUAUAUCUAAUGACGCGAAAAAUUUGAUUAAUAAGAUGCUGACGAUGGAUUUUACUAAAAGAAUUUCGGCGUAAGAGGCUUUGAAUGAUCCAUGGAUUUAAAAAAAUGCACCUAUAGCUCCUUGUAAGCUCGAAGCAAUUAAAAAUUUGAAUUCUUUUUUUUGUAAAAAUAAGGUGAGAGCUGCAUUGAUGCAAUUCAUUUCAACUAAUCUCAUGACGAAUGAAGAAAAAGAGGUUUUGCUUUAAGAAUUCAGAAAAAUAGAUAAAGAUGGUAAUGGUUAAAUUAACAAGGAAGAUUUAAUUUUAGGUAAACAUAAGAUAAUCAUAGUCUAUAUGCAAUAAUACAAUGAUAUCAAAGCAAAUCAAAUGGUAGAUUAAAUCUUUGAAAAAUUAGAUACAAAUAAAUCUGGUAUUGUGGAUUACACAGAAUUUAUUACAGCUGCUGUUGAUGAGGAGAAAUUAUUAAAUAAAUUUAGAUUAAGAUAAGCAUUUUCGAUGUUUGAUUUAAAUGGUGAUGGUUAUAUAAAUGAGGAUGAUUUUAAAGAAUUUAGUGGAGGAAACAAUGAAAAUUUUUGGAACGAACUCUUAGCUUUGUGUGAUUCCAAUGGUAGAUGGUUAGAUUUCUUAAAAUGA